AUGACAGAAAAGACCGAAGUUGAGGCCCUCCAUCCUCACUGCUGGGACUGGAAGACGUUCCAGUCCCCUGUGACCAUGGUUGUCCAGCGCAUCUGCUCUAACCCUUUACGGUCACACAGAUUACAGAUAGCAGAUGGGCGCCCAGGAAAUGAAAGGAAAGGAAUACACAUAAAACACUUACUGACCGGUCGAGGAUCCUCCAGGUUAGGGUCCAUGGGGUUGAGGAUCCCUGACGAGCCCCCAGAUGUGCUGCUCUUGAAGUUCAAAUACCAAGAUCAGUCCAAGGACCAGUAUAAUUCCAGCAGCUCGUCAGUCUUUGGCAAGAGCAUCAAGAGUUCAAAGCCAGCCUCAGCAACAGAGAAGGCACCGAUUCAGGUGAUCAUACUCAUGAAAGAGAUCCAGAGAAGAAAUCUUACAGAAGUGACAGAAUUUGUCCUCUUGGGACUCUCAGACAAUCCCCACCUGCAAGGUGUCCUCUUUGCAUUGUUUCUGUCCAUCUACGUGGCAACCAUGGUGGGUAAUCUGGGCAUGAUGGCAUUGAUCAAGAUGGAUCCUCACCUCCACACCCCCAUGUACUUCUUUCUCAGCAGCCUGUCCUUUGUUGAUGCCUCUUACUCUUCUUCCGUCACACCUAAGAUGCUGGUGAACCUCGUGGCUGCGGACAAGUCCAUUUCUUUUAAUGGGUGUGCUGCCCAGUUCUACUUCUUUGGCUCCUUCCUGGGAACUGAGUGCUUCCUGCUGGCCAUGAUGGCAUAUGAUCGCUAUGCAGCCAUUUGGAACCCCCUGCUCUACCCAGUUCUCAUGUCUGGGAGAAUUUGUUUCUCGUUAGUGGGUACUUGCUUCCUUGCAGGUUUUGGAAAUGCAGCCAUCCACACAGGGAUGACUUUCAGGUUGUCCUUUUGUGGCUCUAACAGGAUCAACCACUUCUACUGUGACACCCCGCCCCUGCUCAAACUCUCUUGCUCGGACACCCACAUCAAUGGCAUUGUGAUCAUGGUUUUCUCCAGUUUUAAUGUCGUCAGCUGUGUUGUGACUGUUCUCAUUUCCUACCUGUGCAUCCUCAUUGCCAUACUGAAGAUGCAUUCAGUAGAGGGAAGGCGCAAAGCCUUUUCCACCUGUGCCUCCCACCUUGUGGCGGUCACCAUUUUCUUUGGGACCAUUCUCUUCAUGUAUUUGCGACCCACAUCCAGCUACUCAAUGGAGCAGGACAAGGUUGUCUCUGUGUUUUAUACAGUAAUCAUUCCCAUGCUAAAUCCCCUCAUCUACAGUUUGAAAAAUAGAGAUGUGAAGGAGGCCAUGAAAAAGAUCUUACAGAAACACAUACUGUAA